CCAGAAAACACCGGAGAAGAGUUGUUAUUUUAAUAAGCGACAAGGUGCCUGCAUGCAUAGUAUUUUUGAUUAAUAUUAUUCAAAUUUCUUGAUUGGGAUUCAGCGUCACCGACUUUUUUUGAGGCGAAACAAUUUUUAAAAAGUUUGGAAUGCGUACUUACAUCUUAGUUUAAGUUCACUUGAAUGGACAGCAACCAUAAUAAACAUCAUAGUUCAUCACAAAGCGAAGACCUAAAGCUUUGUUUUCUCAGCAUCGAUUCUCAGACACUCGGGAAACUACUCAAGCUUAAAAUAACUUCUGUUAAGCAGUUUCAUGAUAGAAAAAGUGCAGUUAAACGUGUAAUAUCGAAAGAUGCUAUUCAAGAAAUAGAAGAAAAGUUUGCCAAUGUUAGCAAGUUUCAAUCAAAGGUAUCAGUUAGCGCGUUUGAAAGAUGGAAAAGAAAUGAGAGUGAAAAGGAACAUUGUAUUCGAAGCUUCUCGCAGAAAAUUGAUCAAAAACUCAAUGGUGGCUUUCAAUCAGGGAUUAUUUACGAAUUUGUCGGAGCCCCUGGAUCGGGCAAGACUCAGUUUUGUCUGCAGUUGUUAGCCAACGCUUUCGUGCCACGAGUACUGCAAGGACCACAGGCUGAAUCAGCUGUGUUCAUUGACACUGAAACUUCAUUUUUCUCUACAAGGUUCUCUAGUGUCUUGUCAAAGACAAUAUCACAUUGUCAGUCGUUACACCCGAAGCUGCUAAACGACCCAACUUUCAAUAUCGAAUCAAUCAUCAAGCGGAUAAGAGGCUUCCGAUGCCACACGAGCGAAGACCUUCUCGUUUUGCUUCAAACGCUCAAUUCAGAGCUAAGAAAACCGAACUCAACUAAGCCGAAAUUAAUCGUGAUUGACAGUGUUGCCAGUCCAUUUCGAGUAAGUCAUUUCGAGUCAGUGAAGAAACGAUGCAACGCAAUCGCUUAUCUCUCUUGUCUGUUGGUGCAACUUUUGAACUCGACGGGAGCCUGUAUAGUUUUGAGUAACCAUAUUACGACAAAGUUGGUAGACAACUCUCAAGGGGUGAUAGUCGGAAAUUAUUUUGUGCCUCUUUUGGGUGAUUUUUGGGGAACCACAGCGCAUGUUAGAAUUCUUUUGUCCGAAGACUCAGUUGGCCGAAAGAUGACUGUGUUCAAAAUGAUGUCUGAAAAACGAGAACUCGAAAAUGAAGCGUCUGUUUUUCAAAUUACUAAAAAUGGAAUUAGAGAUGUUAAUCUGAAUUCUAAAUGAAAGAAUUGGCUUGUCUGUUUGUUAACUGUACUACAGAGUUUCAGUAAAUUUAUUAUUUGAUCUUCUA